UCGGCGCUCAUUUGUUUGUUUACUUUGAAAGCUGGCUUGUAAAAAGAAAAUUGUUUAUUUAGCUUAACUCACCAAUCUGAAGAAACAUUCGCCGAGAAGGAGAGAGACAUAUGAGAAUCCACAAGAACAAAACUAUGGCUGGAAUAGAGUUAUGUUCUGCACCGAGUGCUCAGAGUCUUGGAGUAAACUCCACUACCUUCCGCAGGAGUCAGAGGAGGGUAGAAGUAUGUUUGCUGAGUCUGUGUGGAAUACUUCUUUUGAUAUGCACUGUGUUAGCGGUAUUAUUUGCUGUGGAACUUUCCAAAGGCAGUCAUCACGACGCAAAGCCAAAUGGUACUGUAAAUGGUCGGGCUGUGCCAACAGCAUCAGCGCCAUUUUCCACUAGUGAAAGCCCAGUAUCACCAAGGAUGUGUAACACUGCUGAUUGUCUGGAGACUGCAGCCCGCUUCACAAGGAACAUGGACCAUUCUUUCGACCCAUGUCAGGACUUUUUCCAUUUUGCCUGCGGUGGAUGGAUACAGAACAACCCAAUUCCUCCGCACAAGAACGAGUAUAUUACAUUCAUGAAAAAGAUUCAGGCAAACAACGAGAAACUUAGAAAUAUGUUGGAAGAUGCCACCGGAGAAUACGAUGACCCAGUAAUGAAAGCAAAGAGGUAUUAUCGCUCGUGUAUGAAUGAAGAAGAAGUUGAGAGAACUACUAAACAGCAAAUGUUGGAGCUCAUAGAGAACCUUGAUUCAUGGGCUCUGGACAACGGAACGUGGAAUAAAACUGUAUGGAACUGGAAGACUGCUCUACUAAAGAUUCAAGCAACCUUUUUACAUUCUUCGCCUCUGUUUACUGUUGAUGUGUUAACUAACCCAAGAAAUUCAGCGAAACAUAUUUUAAAGCUACUUCCCCCGGAAUUAAGCUUGAUUCGUGAAGAAUAUCUGUCGAAGAACAGUAAAAGGAAACCUGCAUAUCUUGAGUAUAUGACAACAGUGGGGAUGCUGCUGGGAGGACAGAAUACCACCACCCAACAGCAAAUGAAUAGGAUUCUUGAAUUUGAAGAACAACUCGCUCGGAGUAUGCCCUCCAAGACUUUCCUCUACGAACAUGAACAUGACACAAUCACAAUACGAGAACUGCAAAACCGCGCUCCUCAGUUUCAAUGGCUACAACAUUUGAACAGCCUGUUCAGCGAGUAUAACACAACACUGGAUGGCUCUGAGGGCAUCAUCGUACCUGCACUUGAGUACCUCAGAAACAUGGCCGAAGUUUUACAUGCUACGGACAGGGAAACCUUGUCCAACUACUUUAUAUGGACGGUUUUAAGGCGAUUAGUUCCAUUCCUAUCCAAGCCUUUCAGAGAGGUCGAGGCCAAUUACAAAAGGAAAACUUCUCAUAUUCAAGGCGAAGCAGCAAGAUGGCUUACUUGUAUCACUACCACAAACUUUUACCGCGGGCUCACAUUUGCUACUGGAAGCCUGUUCAUUGAGAAGGCUUUUGACAGAAAAAUGAUCCCAUUGGUUAAGGAGAUGAUGGAAGACAUUCGACAAGCUUUUCGAGAAGAAGUAGCCGACUUGUCAUGGAUUGACGACGAGACAAGACCUACUGUAUACGAGAAGGAAAAAGCGAUGGUUGAGAAAAUUGGUUACCCUGAAAUGUGUGUGAACAAAACCUUACUCGGAGAGUAUUAUCAACGGCUUGAAGUGGAUGAUAAAAGAUUUUUGCUAAAUGAAGUGAACGUGAGCAAGUGGUACUCAUCCCAAUCCCUCUCUAAACUUAGGAAACCCUCCAUUAGGGGACAAUGGUACAGUGGGCCACAGUCUGUUAAUGCUUACUACCAAAGAGAGAAAAAUGAAAUAAAUAUUUUGGCAGGAAUCCUUCAGCCGCCAUAUUAUAGCGGCCGCUUUGCACCACGGGCAGUCAAUUUUGGUGGCAUCGGAAUAAUCCUUGCUCAUGAACUAACCCAUGGUUUCGACAACAUAGGUCGAAAGUUUAACCAGUACGGUGAGAUCAGUACACAAUGGUGGACUAACUUUACUCUCACUGGAUUCCAAAACAGAUCCCAAUGUUUUGUUGACCAGUACAAUAAAUACCCACUCCCACUGAAUGUGGGGGGCGACAGGCAGAUUUUUGUGAAUGGUCGACUGACAUUACCUGAAAACAUAGCGGAUAAUGGAGCUCUCAAGAUCGCUUUCCGGGCUUAUGAAAACUGGCUGAGAAAACACGGCAAAGAGGAACUAGUACCCGGGUUGGACAGAUCCAGUGAACAGAUGUUUUUCCUUAGCUACGCUCAGAUGUGGUGCAGCUCUUUCAGUCCUACGCAGAUCUUCAGAAGAGCAAAAGCUGAUCCCCAUGCCUUACCUAUUUACAGGGUAAAUGGUGUCUUGUCAAAUAUGGAGGAAUUCGCGAAGACGUACAAAUGUCCAAAGGGAAGUAACUUAAAUCCCGAAAAACGAUGCAGAGUUUGGUAACACUGCGGAAGUAUUCAUAUGCGGCUUCAAAAUAAAAACGAUUGGUAAAUUUCAUUGUUACAAACUGUAAAUAAUGCUGUCGUUAAGUGACAUCCAAAGAACUUGUAUGCGACUGAUACAAAUUUAUUUUAAACUGUUUUUGAUUGGAAAAACUUUGAGCUAAUUCAUGCACCACAUUACUGGAUGUCUAUACCACAAUGGAACUUUCCGUAUUGCUUUUUUGGUUUGUAACUUUCAUUUUAACUACCAGCUUGUGAUGAGGGUAGAGGCCAUCUCAUAGAGAAUUUACCUCAACAAAUCAUGAAUGAAAUCUUUAAAAAUCGUUCAGAUAUAGCUAUUAUAAAGUAUU